AUGAACCUGGAUUAUAUUGGUAAGUAUCGGCUGGGUCAAAAGAUAGGAACCGGUAAUUUUUCAUGUGUUCGGAAAGCGACCGACCCAACUGGCCGUGUCUGGGCUAUUAAAAUUAUAGACAAGGGCCUCAUCAAGGAGGAGUUUAUGGAGGAACAAAUGCUACGUGAAAUAGCUGUGAUGAGAAAACUAAGACAUCGAAACAUAAUGAAGCUGCACGAUGUGUUGGAAACACAUCAUCACUACUUUCUUGUUUUAGAACACGUUUCGGGAGGUGAGUUGUUCGAUAAGAUAGUUGGAGCAAAGCGUCUCGACGAACCAACCGCUCGGAAGUACUUUCACCAGCUUAUUGCUGGGAUGUACUACUGCCACUCCUAUGGAUUCGCGCAUCGCGAUCUGAAACCUGAAAACCUCCUGCUAGGCGAAAACGACACUUUGAAGAUCUCCGACUUUGGACUUUGCAACAUGCAGCAGAGUGUUUUACUGCAAACUGUUUGUGGUACACCCAACUAUGUAGCCCCUGAAGUGCUUAUGGAGCGCGGCUAUAACGGCCUGUCGGCCGACAUCUGGAGCUGCGGUGUCAUUCUGUACGUCAUGCUGUCAGGGAGGCUGCCUUUUGAAAGCAAGAAUAUGAAGUUACUGAUGGCAAAGAUUGAGUACGGUGAGUAUCAGAUGCCAAAGUAUUUAUCGCGAAGCUGCAUGGAUUUGAUAAGAAGGAUCCUAGUAGUAGACCCCCUAAAGCGAAUAUCAAUGGAGGGAAUUAUCAAACAUCCUUGGUUUCAGAUUGGUUGGAAUAUUAAGAUGAUGUAA